AUGGCGCUGGGACUCUUCCGGGUAUGCCUGGUGGUGGUGACGGCCAUCAUCAACCACCCGCUGCUGUUCCCGCGAGAGAACGCCACGGUCCCCGAGAACGAGGAGGAGAUCAUCCGUAAGAUGCAGGCUCACCAGGAGAAGCUACAGCUGGAGCAGCUGCGCCUGGAGGAGGAGGUGGCACAGCUGGCAGCUGAGAAGGAGGCCCUGGAGCAGGCGGUCACCGAGGGCCAACAGCAGAACGAAACCCGCACGGCCUGGGACCUCUGGAGCACUCUGUGCAUGGUCCUCUUCCUGAUGAUCGAGGUGUGGCGGCAGGACCACCAGGACGGGCCGUCGCCCGAGUGCCCGGGUGGGGAUGAGGACGAGCUGUCUGGCCUGGGGGGCACCCCCCUCCGUGAUCUCACCCUGCCCGACAAGGCCACACUGGACCACUUCUACGAGCGCUGCAUCCGGGGGGCCACAGCCGAUGCCGCGCGCACCCGGGAGUUCGUGGAAGGCUUCGUGGAUGACUUGCUGGAAGCCCUGAGGAGCCUCUGCAACCGGGACACGGACAUGGAGGUAGAGGACUUCAUUGGUGUGGACAGCAUGUACGAGAACUGGCAGGUUGGCAGGCCGCUGGUGUGCCACCUCUUCGUGCCCUUCACGCCCCCGGAGCCGUACCGCUUCCACCCAGAGCUCUGGUGUUCCGGCCGCUCGGUGCCCCUGGGUUGCCAGGGCUAUGGGCAAAUCAAGGUGGUCCUGGGAGACGAUGACAGGCCCGGCUGUAUCUGCGGUAAGACUACGCUCCCCGAAGACAUGCUGUGUCUCCUCCACGGCAAGAGCGGCAAGGCGCCCCCCGGUGGCAGGAUGAAGGACUUGCUGUGCGCCGCAGAGUCCCCGUACCUGGACACCAUGCAGGUCAUGAAGUGGUUCCAGAAGGCCCUCACCCGGGCCUGGCACCGCAUUGCCCGCAAGUACGAGUUCGACCUAGCCUUUGGCCAGCUGGACACCCCGGGCUCUCUGAAGAUCAAGUUCCGCUCGGGGAAGUUCAUGCCCUUCAACCUGAUUCCUGUGAUCCAGUGCGAGGAUUCUGACCUGUACUUUGUCUCCCACCUCCCCAGGGGGUCCUCUCAGUGGACCCCGGUGUCCAGCACAGACUGGGUCUUGUCCUUUGCUAUCUACGAGCGGCACUUCCUCAGGGUGACAUCCAAGGCACUGCCCGAGGGUGCCUGCCAUCUCAGCUGCUUGCAGAUCGCCUCCUUCCUGCUGGCCAAGCAGAGCCGUCUGACCGGCCCCAGCGGGCUCAGCAGCUACCACCUGAAGACCAUCCUGAUGCACCUCCUGCUUGUCCGGAAGCCCACCGACUGGAAGGCCGAGCAGCUGGACUCUCGUCUCCAGGAAUUGCUUCGCUUUCUCGAGAAAAGCCUGCUAGAGAAGAAGCUCUGUCACUUCUUUAUUGGCAACCGCAAGGUGCCUGAGGCCAUGGGCCUCCCGGAAGCCAUCCGCAGGGCGGAGCCUCUCAACCUCUUCCGGCCCUUUGUCCUGCAGCGGAGUCUCUACCGGAAGACGGUGGACUCCUUCUACGAGAUGCUCAAGAACGUCCCGGCACUCAUUAGCGAGUAUUCCCUCCAUAUCCCAUCAGACCAUGCCAGCCUGCCCCCAAAAGCUCUCGUGUUAUAG